CAUCUCACCACUCGCUCUCGCCUGAUUGACUGUGUGAGACAAAUUAGGCUUCUGAAAUGAUCAACAAAUUUGACAGUGUUCUGUUGGCCCAGAAGAAGUUUAUCUACCACUAUAAGAACAUGCGCUGGGCCAAGGGCCGACACGAAACCUACCUGUGCUUCGUGGUCAAGAGGCGGGUGGGACCAAACUCACUCUCCUUCGACUUUGGACACCUGCGCAACCGGUCCGGCUGUCAUGUUGAGCUGCUGUUCCUGCGCCUCUUGGAAGCAGGCGCCCUGUGUCCAGGCCUGUGGGGUUAUGGAGCUCCAGACAGUGUGGGACUGUGUUACUCUGUCACCUGGUUCUGUUCCUGGUCCCCCUGCUCAGACUGCUCCUACAGGCUGGCCCAGUUCCUCAGCCAGACCCCCAACCUCCGCCUCAGGAUCUAUGUCUCCAGGCUCUACUUCUGUGACCCGGAGGACAGCAGUGCGAGAGAGGGUCUCCGCAUGCUGCAGAGAGCCGGGGUGCAGAUCACUGUCAUGAACUAUGAAGACUAUUUCUACUGUUGGCAGACCUUUGUGGCUUGCAGACAGCGUGUGUUUAAGGCCUGGGACGGACUGCAUCAGAACUCUGUUCAACUGGCCAGGAAACUUAACGACAUCCUCCAGCCUGGUGAGGCAGAAGAUUGGGGAGAUGCUUUCGAGCUACUUGGACUGUGAUUCACCUCUAUCCCUGUCAUAUACGCUGAUAUGGAGCUAUUUAUUUAUGCUCCUCCCACUGGUGCUACCUGUCAAUGUUAUACUGUAAAGAUCACUUUAAUCUAUCAUUGUAAAAGUAAAUAAUAAUAACUGAAAUAGGUCAACUGUACAACUCAAUAAUGUGUUUAUAUAUUGUUAUUUAAU